GUUUCCAUCUACCAAACAUGCCGUCCAAGAUCACUGUAGGCGUUGCCCAGGCACGCACCCAGGAUACCGUCACCGAGACUCUCUCCGCCCUCAGCCGCAUUACUCGUCAUGCCGCCUCCCGCGGCGUCCAUCUGCUCCUCUUCCCUGAGGCCUAUCUGGGUGGAUACCCACGUACCUGCAGCUUUGGCACUGCCAUCGGUGCGCGCCAGCCUCAGGGACGGGAACAGUUCUUGAACUACUUCCAUUCCGCGGUGGAUCUCGGGGAUACCCCCACGGGAGCGGGUGAUGACUGGGUGCAGAGGAAGCUGCCCGUCGCGGAGGGCAAGAAUCAUCGAGGCGACGGUACCCGAGAGACUCUUGAGCGGAUUGCGAAGGAGACGGGCGUCUUCAUCGUUGUGGGCGUCAUCGAGAGAGCCGCGGGCAGUUUGUACUGUGCUGCGCUUUACGUAGACCCUUCGAGGGGAGUGCUGGGAAAGAGGAGAAAGGUCAUGCCUACUGGAUCGGAACGUCUCGUCUGGGCCCAGGGCUCCCCAUCAACCUUGAAGGCCGUGACUACCCAUCUCAACGGGGUCCCCGUGACCCUGGCGGCAGCUAUCUGCUGGGAGAACUACAUGCCCCUUCUCCGACAGAGUCUGUACUCACAGAACGUGAACAUCUAUUUGGCCCCUACAGCAGAUGCCCGGGACACAUGGCUGCCCCUGAUGCGGACCAUCGCAUUCGAGUCGCGGGCGUAUGUACUGAGCGCAAACCAGUGCGUCCGGUAUAACGAACUCCCGGAGUGGGUCACUGGCGAACGGGAUGAGAAGAUCUCGACCCACUACGUCAGCCGCGGUGGUUCCUCUAUCGUUGAUCCCCAGGGCCAGGUUAUUGCGGGUCCUAUCUGGGAGGUUUCUGCUGACGAUGUGUCUGAUUCUGCGGCUGAUGUCGUGGGAGACGGGCUGAUUAUCUCGGAUAUCGAUGUCGAGGACUGCGAACGGGGUAGAUUGGACAUGGAUGUGGCAGGCCACUACUCGAGAAAUGAUGCAUUUAAGUUGACGGUGGAAGGGCUGGAUCUCAACCCACCUCCUCUCUGAAUGCAAAACGGUAUAGCAAUUCUAGCUGCAUUUACUACAUGUGCAUGGUACCUAUAUAGCUGGAGCUUAAGCUUUGUGCAUACAUGUGUCAAUGUUUACCAGCAAUUGAUAAGACGACCCUACUGGAUUGAACCUCGGAAAGUUGAUCGAGUGGUAGUACUGUAAACAAGACGUCAUUUGUCACAUAAUGGGUUAAAUAUUUCGAAGUUUGCAGCAUUGUUUAUGACGUGUUUGAUAGCUGGACUCAUGAGCAUCUAGAAUUGGAGGAUUGGCAAACUCAUCUAGUAUGCGAUGGGCAUAUCUUUAGCUACUUAGCUAUAUAGUUACAUCAUGAUAGACCAUCAUAUAGUCGCUUGAAUAGUAGGCUGAGCUUAUAGAUAAACAUUGCCAAGCUAGUCAAUCGAUACCUUAGGAUCAGACAAAAAAAUGAAACACCGCAGCACGACAUGAAAACCGACGUCUGUGUUGUCGGCUCCGGGAUAGCGGUAUAUAUCCACGGCCAACGAGCUCAUCACUCGCGGCAAGAGACACCUCGCUCACCUCCUCAUCGGCGUGAUUUAUUGUUCCUUCUGGUUCCACUUGUACUUUGAUCUGAUCACAUGUUAAGGCCAUAGAAACAAAC